AAUAAAUAUCGCUACUUUAGGAAUUGUAUGGAGUAAUGAGUAUUACAAGAGUUUAAAAUGAGUGGUACUUGGGCAUUUUUUUUAUGGAAUGAAAUUGAUAGAGAGGAAGAAGGUGGUGGGUAUGUGAGGACUAGACAGCGAGGGUGAGGAGAGAUGUUUAAGGACCCCUGAAGGUGGCAGCACCUCAGUGUUAUGCUAGACAGUGAAAGGAGAGUAUCAGCGCUACUCACCUCCAGUUUACCUACCACGUGUAUAGUGUUCAAACUCUCAUACAUCAUAUUGUCGCCAUCAUGCCCGACGGAGAGGCUAGAGUUGACCCCGAGGUGAAAUAUGGUAGUAGAGAGAGUAUUUUAUCUCUGGAACAAGAGCAAAAACCAUUGCUUUCUGCGAGUGAAGGUGCAAGCAGUGGCUUGAGUAACACAACUGCUGACCCCGAUAACAUGCCUCAGCUUGCCAGUGUGGCUGGUGUUAAUGCUAAAACUUUAAUGGGAAAUAAAGAGUUCUCGUGUGUGUCCCAGGUUCCUACUAUAAAUGUGUGUACAGUGAAUGGUGAUCUUGUGUGUGAUGAAAGUGACUCGAGACAACACCUUCCGUUUAGCCCAGAUUCUCUAGAUGUUUCGAGUAAUGAAACCUCUACUCAGGAUAUAGUGGGUCCACAACACACUUUUUAUCUUCCCACGGAGGAGGAAACAGGUGGCUUAAGUGUGGAUAGUGAGGUAGCCGUAGUGGGCACGGUGCCCGGGGCAUGUGACUUCCCCACCCUACACACUCAAACAUCACAGGAGGCCUGCCCAGCUGGGAGGCAGCUACAGGGAGGGAAGCACAUAUUCUUCGUUAUUCCAGUUAACGGCAGUGAACCACGCCCCAAACUCAGUGAUGGGGUAACAGAGGCCGAUGGCCCUACUCUCGCUACGACCUCCACAACAGAGCAGGCCUCUUGCCCCUACCUACCACGUACUGCUUCGUCACCUGGAAGCGUCUACCCUGUACGUAGCACUCCCUCACCUGGAAGCGCUUAUCCACCACGUAGCACUCCCUCACCUGGAAGCGUUUAUCCACCACGUAGCACUCCCUCACCUGGAAGCGCUUAUCCACCACGUACCACUCCUUCACCUGGCAGCGCCUACCCUCACUACAAUAACGCAAGGGGGGCUGCCAUGGGCAGGCUGAUGGCUAACCCCUUCCAGACUGUGACAGGUAUUAGUGCAGGCACCACACCCUAUUGUCCCUACCGUACCAUCCAGUACAUCCCGUACCAGACUAUGUCAGGGGCACGAGUGGGUGCCAUCCACUACGGCCCAUCCCAGAGCACGGUGGGGAACACCAUGGGAGGUGCUGACCCCUACAACCCUUAUCACACCAUCACUGGUAUGGUUCCCUCCUCGUACCAGCGCUCAGAGUACGGCCUCCAGCGAGUACCUACAACCUCACGUCGGGAAUACGGCAUUGGUGGGUCCUCAUUACUAAACCCACAAUCCAGUUUAUUUCACCCUCAGUCGAAUUUAAUACAUCCGCAAUCAAAAUAUGGACUCGGUGACAUUCCACCAUCUCUGGCAUCUGUUGUGCUACCCUCUGAUCCCGUGUCUUCCCCCAUGUUAUCUAAGAACUCCUCCGGGAGGUGUGUAGGUGGCCGACCGGUAGGGAUGCACCGGGUGUCCACUUUGCCAGCCUACCCUAACCUCAACCACCAGCCACAGGCGGCAUCCUGCCAACAGAACAGUUUUCCGCGUCUGCCUUCUCUCUCGCCGGAGCAGGCUACCUUUCAGUCCAUUAAUCAGUUGACGGUGCGGUCAGCGGGUGGCCUUAGCGUUGACGUAGGCAGUACUGACGGUCGCAAUGUAACCGUCCACGGUGCUGUUGUCUCAGCAGAGCAGCUACCCUUUCUUCCCUCAGUCGACAGGGACGGGCAGGACGAUGCUGGGAGCAAACGUAGAGGUGGCAAGGAAAUGGAGCCACGUCAGACGUGGGAAAAUAAGGCCCAGUUCAUCCUAGCUUGUGUUGGUUAUGCUGUGGGCCUCGGUAACCUCUGGCGCUUUCCCUACCUUUGUUACAAGAGUGGUGGCGGUGCCUUUCUCAUCCCAUACUUUCUAAUGAUGUUCUUGUGUGGCAUCCCACUGCUAUUGAUGGAACUGACUGUAGGCCAGUACACACGAAGAGGACCUAUUGCUGCAUUAGAGAAGAUAUGCCCUAUUUUCAAAGGUGCUGGAGUGGGUACUGUGGUGAUAUCUUUCUUGCUGUGUACAUACUAUAACGUCAUCAUUGCGUGGGUAAUAUUCUAUCUUGUGCAAUCAUUUUAUGCUGAAUUACCAUGGAGUCAUUGCAAUACUACAUGGGCUGUCAACUGCUUUGAUGAUUAUGGUCCAGGCAUUAAAGCACCAAAUGGAACUAAAUCUGCAACAGAAGAAUUUUUUGAUGAAGUGGUUCUACAAAAGAGUGAAGGAAUAAAUGACAUGGGGUCCAUAAGGUUCGAGAUACUUUUGGCACUGUUUAGUGCGUGGAUGCUUGUCUACUUCUCACUUUGGAAGUCUGUCAAGUCUUCAGGACGUGUGGUAUAUGUGACAGCAACUCUUCCCUACUUGCUAAUUGGGGCAUUCCUCUGGCGAGCAUUGACAUUACCAGGUGCUAAUAAAGGUCUUCAGUACUUUUUUGAACCUCGAUGGGAGCUCCUACUGCAAGCUCAGGUGUGGGUAAAUGCAGCUGCCCAAAACUUCAACAGUAUAGGCAUUGCAUUUGGAUCAAUGAUAGCAUUAGCAUCAUACAACAAGUUCAAUAACAACAUAGUGAUAGACACCUGGGCAAUCAGCAUCACAAACUCAAUGACAUCGCUGAUGGCCGGUAUGAUUGUCUUCUCUACACUAGGCAACAUUGCUCUGGAGCAAGGGAAAGAAAUUGAUGAUGUUGUUGCAGAAGGUAGGUCAAGAGAUUACCAAACUGUUAUUAAAUAAUUUAGGUACAGUACU